CCCAAACGAAGGAAGGGAGCACAAAUAGAAAAGCGUGCUCCUUUUCCAUCCUCUCGUGCGCCUCCCUCCCUCCCUCCCCCCACCUCGCGAUCCCAAUUCGAUCCGCUCGGCUGCCCCCCCGAUCCGCCGCGCCCUACCCUCCGCAGUUCGGCGGCCGCCGCCCGGAUUCGCGCGGACCCGCCCGUGGAUUCGCGCUCCCCGGCGCCACAAACCCUAGAUCCGCCGCCGCCUCCUCCUCCUCCGCCAUGUUCUGGCGCAUGACCGGCCUCUCCGCGGCCUCGCCCGUGGAUACAAUUCUGGACAAAGAAAAUUUUACAUUGGAAGAGCUUCUUGAUGAGGAUGAAAUUAUUCAGGAGUGCAAAGCACUGAAUUCGCGACUCAUAAACUUCUUGCGUGACAAGGCCCAGGUGGAACAAUUGCUUCGUUAUGUUGUGGAAGAAGUUCCAGAGGAUGCCGAAAAAAAACGCUCUUUCAAGUUCCCUUUUAUUGCUUGUGAAAUAUUUACUUGUGAAAUUGAUGUCAUUUUGAGGACCCUAGUAGAGGAUGAAGAGCUAAUGGACUUGCUUUUCUCAUUUGUGAAACCUGAUCAUCCGCAUAGCACAUUAUUAUCUGGUUACUUCAGUAAGGUGGUAAUAUGUUUGAUGCUGCGGAAGACUGCCCCUCUUAUGAGUUAUGUUCAGGGGCAUCCAGAGAUAGUUGCACAGCUUGUUGACCUAAUUGGCAUCACAUCAGUAAUGGAGGUGCUGAUACGACUGAUUGGCGCUGAUGAGACCAUAUAUUCAAACUAUAGUGAUACAUUGCAGUGGUUAGAAAAUACAGAUGUCCUUGAAAUGAUUGCUGAUAAGUUUAGCUCAUCGGAUUCUCCUGAAGUGCAUGCCAACGCUGCGGAAAUUCUCUGUGCAGUAACUCGAUGUGCACCUCCGUCUCUUGCUGCAAAGAUAUGCAGCCCAAGUUUUGUUGGGAGGUUGUUCUGUCACGCUCUUGAAGAAUCAAGACCCAAAUCUGUUCUGGUUCAUUCAUUGUCAGUGUGCAUAUCUUUGCUGGAUCCAAAAAGAUUAGCAUCGGCAUCCUAUCAAGCAUUCAGAAGCAACUUAAGUCACGGGGCCUUGGUCACUGCCAGUCCGGAGACAGUUGAUGGUAUGCUUGAGAGUCUAGGCAACCUGCUGAUGUUAUUGGACACUUCUGGUGCUGAAAACGUUUUGCCUACAACAUAUGGAUGUUUACACCCACCUCUUGGAAAACAUCGUCUGAAGAUUGUAGAAUUCAUUUCUGUGUUGCUGACAAUUGGUAGUGAAACUGCUGAAAAGGAGCUAAUAAGGACAUCAGCAAUAAAGCGAUCCAUUGAUUUGUUCUUCGAGUACCCAUAUAACAACUUUUUGCAUCAUCAUGUUGAGAAUAUCAUUGUUUCUUGCCUGGAGGGUAAAAGAAUUGAACUUAUUGAGCAUGUUCUUAAUGAAUGUGACAUUGUUGGUAAGAUUCUUGCUGCGGAAAGAGCUUCUUUGUCAACAGAGUCUAAUGGGCCUACGGCGCCCUCGGAAGAAAAAACUCCUCCAAGAAUUGGUAACGUUGGUCACAUGACAAGAAUAGCUAAUAAGCUUAUUCAGCUGGGAAACAGUAAUAACACAAUCCAGACUCUCUUGCAGGAAAAUAGCAAGUGGGUUGAAUGGCAAGUGAAUGUGCUGGUCAAGCGCAAUGAGGUGGAGAAUGUUUAUCAUUGGGCUUGUGGGCGCCCAACAUCACUGCAUGACCGUGGUAGGGAUAGUGAUGAUGAUGACUUCAGAGACAGGGAUUAUGAUGUGGCAGCUCUUGCUAAUAACUUGAGCCAGGCAUUCCGAUAUGGGAUAUACAGCAAUGAUGACAUUGAAGAGGCGCAAGGAUCACUUGAACGGGAUGAUGAGGAUGUGUAUUUUGAUGACGAGUCAGCUGAGGUGGUAAUAUCUUCCCUACGUCUCGGAGAUGACCAGGACGGCAGCUCCCUCUUUACAAAUUCAAAUUGGUUCACAUUUGAUGGAGAGAGAGGUACCAAUGACCGUUUAGCUGCCUCUGUUCCUUCAUCAUCACCUAAUUCUGGGGAGACUUCCCUAGAGACUGAGGAAACUGAUGAUGGUAGCACUGAUGAUCAAAUGGAAACAGUGUGUCUUGGAAAUGGCCCUACGGAGGAGGCAAAAGAUGUAGCAGAAUGUACUGAGCAGCCAAAUUGUAGUACUGAGGAUGAGCAAUUAGAAGAUACAGAGGGGGUGGAACGUCAUCCAAAUGUUUCUAAUGGUGGUACUGAAGUAGGUACAGAUGAAGCUGCCUACGCAGCAGCAGAAUCUUCGGCCCCAUCAGUUGAGACAGAGGCAGCGAGAACAAUAGAGGAACCGGCAGGCUCAUCUGAUUUGGACAACCCUGUCCCUGAAGCCUCGCCAGAUCCUGGUGUUAAUGGCAGUGAGCCUGCCAACUCGGAAUUAUCUUCUGAACAAGUCGCCCAUGACACUGAUGUGCAGCAACGAGUAAAGGAAUUUCCCGCCGAGGAUGUUGAUGCAACGAAAACUGAUGCAGUCAAAGCAAACGAGUGAAUGUCUGAUGGACUGAGCUGACCAGAGCAAUCAUUUGUCAGAUCCCUCUGUAGGCAAGCAAUCAUCUUGCUUCAUGUGCUCAGCAGCCACGGAACACUCUGAAGCAAACUGCUGUACAAUAAGCAAGUGUAUUAUUAUUCUGCCAUCCACCGUGGCCUGUCACUGUACAAAUGGGCACCAUCGACAAACGCACGCUGUCAUCUCAUCAGAAACAGGUCAAUAUUUUUUUGAAAUUUACCCACCAGUUCAUGUGCUUUGGUGGCAGUCUUCAUGAAAUGGUAUAUGAUACCUGAAAGAACAUUCUUUGGGUGGCAACUGGUUUUGGCUACGGAGUCUUCUCGUUCUUUAGGUUAACUUUGGAACUAUAAUAUGAGAUGUGAUAUUAUUUCUAGUUUAGCCAUUGUAGUAGUUUUAUUUCAGACUCUACACGCGUCUCUUCAACUUGAACAUGUUUUUUUUUGAUAAAGAUUUGUGCUCCUUUGUAUAGAA